UUUGGCAGUUACGAUAAUCAGUUUUUGGAUCAUCUGGAUUUCAGUACAAACUUUAUCCCAUAAGAAAAUAAGAAUAUUUGUUCAGGAAAAAAAACUGAUGGAUACAAAAUUUACAUUUAGUGUUACUACUUAUUUUCUUUUAAAGGUGGUAUUUGGAACCGUGUAUAUAAAAUCACGGGAAGAAAGUUCUUGGUCAUCUGCACGUGAAUACUGUUUAGAAUUCGGAGGUCACCUAGCAACGCUGAAUAACUUCCAGGAAUUCCGUACAAGCGUCCAGACAAAGCAGACGACACUUGCUCCCAGCGAGGAGUUGUGGGUAGGAGCCUCGUUGCAGAAAAGUCAGUGGAAGUGGAAAGGAGAAGAUGCCGGGGAAUUUAAAGCGGGUGGUCAGUUCUAUACCCGGCGAGGUUGCUUGCAGCACGACUUGCCUGACAAUGGAACCCUAGUGGAGAAACUAACACCAGAAAAAUGUCUCAACCUGUGUCACUGGCAAGGUGUUGUCGGCCUUCAGAACGACAGAUGUUACUGUCAUAGUGAGCUGAAUGUGUCCAGCAGCCGACCAGGUGUGUGCCAUAUAAAGUGUGAUCCGAGCCGUGUAGAAAUGUGCGGAGGAUACUCAUCCGUCUCGUUGUAUAAACCAGGAAAGCGAAGAAUAUCUUGGGCGGACGGAGAGCCAAAGGUUGAGUAUAACUGUGUAUUCCUCCGCAAAGGAGGUAGAGACUCUGGUGUUCAAUUCGUCAGUGGUAAUUGCGACAUGCAAGUGCGCUUCCUGUGCAGUUUCUACGACAACGACAAAUGUGGUAUAUAUGACACGUGCAUCCGGUGGUCAACGACGCAAGCUACUUGGGAUAAUGCUAUACAUAGUUGUGCAGAACUAAACGGGACUUUAGCAGAGUUGUCAAGGUCUGAUAAAGACUAUAUAAGCCGUGACCUUGACAGACUACCGCCCGGAACGUUCUGGGUUGCCUUACGACGCGACAGUGGUUGGCAAUGGAUAAACGGGCAUACAGUAAACCCUUCACUGUUCCAUUCCGGAACGAGUGCCGUCCCAGACCGGACAUGUGCAGUUGUAAGGAACAAUGAUGGAAAUUUUGGACUUGUGGGCAGGCGUUGUGACACGAAGAAAUACUACCUUUGUCAGUAUGAUUACAUGAGAAAGCGGGGUAAUAUGGACGCUCUUGUAGACCCAAGUACCCCGCAAUCCCGUGAUAAGACCACGAUACCUGGGAGUGAUUCCACGAGCAGAACUCCACUACCUGCACGAGAUUCAGAUGACGGAAUAACCGUGCUUGAUACCAACAAUGAAACUGUUUCUCCAGAACAAUCGUCCACCAAAGGAGGUUUAAUGUUUACUUGUAUUUAUAUGGUGCUUGGGUUCGUUUCUGGCAUGGUAUGUGUACUCAUAAUCGGACUAAUCGUAUACCUCAUCUGCAGGUGCAAGGAACCUAAAGCUGGCAAACAUGCACGCUUAAGUGAUCAGCCGUCUAGUCGCCACGACAACCAUAGCGUGCACUAUAGUUCUAAAGACGAUUCCAUCCAGAUUUCUCCACCCCAUUCUGACAUCACGUAUGACACUGUGUAUGACUUAGAAACUGAGUCACCUUUCCGUCGAACACAUCGCCUUAUUCGCAUGGGUUCGGCCAAUUCUUGGAGACACGCGCAGUCACGUCGAAUGCCAACAGAUACCACUGAUUCGCCAGAGGCUGGCUACACAUGGAGGGGAAUGAUUGGCGGAGACGUCGAAAUAAUUAAUACUGAAUUACGUCAUCAAGGGAUAGACCAAUCAGCUGCUUCAAGUAGUUACGAUGGUGCCGCCUCUUACGGAAGCGCACGUGCGAUUGUCGAGCAUCACGAUGCCCGAAGGACUAACAAUCAACACGAUUUUGACGAAAUUGAGGUUUUGUACGAUUUACCCGAGCGUUCAAAUAGUUUUGACUUUGAGAAAAGCAAAUGUAGGGGUGGAAAGAACCCUAAGAUACCGACAGAUCCGAGGUUUCUCGAAAUCCGGACGUCGCGAAAUUCGGAUUCGAACGAGGAAAAUAUAUAUGCUACUAUAAAGAAAACAUUUCAGAAGAUUAAGGACGAAAUGGCGGAACAGUCACAAAAAUCCACCGGUAAUGAUGAAGACUUCGACAAAAUGACGUACACUGCAAAAUUAAAUUGAUACGGGAAUCCCAGAGGGUUUCCCAUUUAUAGUUAAUAUUAAAGUCUUUGAUAAAAAAACCUUUAAGGUGAACGUGUACUGUAUAUGUCAAAGAAAAACCUCUAUACCGUUGGAUUAAAGAUCGCUACCAUUUUGUUGUGUUCGUUACGGUCACUACCGCUUCCGUAAAGAACAGCCGUAUAAGUCUGACAAAAUUCUUAUGAGACUGGCUUCUUCAAAUGAUGUUUCGCUUCUUGCGCUGGCUUCACUAUGCUAUGCAUGAUGUUACUUGAAUUGUUAACAAAACCACUGAAAAUACAUGAAUUGAAAACAUGUAAGACCAAAAUUAUCCGUUCAUCGUGAAUGCAUGAUUUCGCACUGUAACUCUGGCACACUACAGUGACAAAACUGGAAAAUUAAUUAUUUUCAAUUAAAAGACGUGACGCUUAAUGAACAUAUCGGAAAGAACAAGUUAUGUAAUAGCGAGCUCGAAGAGCAGGCCCGAAGGGCCUGCUCGAGAAUCGAGCUUUACGGUAACGCAAGUAUACUUUCACACUUGGUGAUGGAUUUGAAAAGUUUCGUCGGAAGUUUUAAAAAAGCGCACCCUAGCGGACUGGUGCUCACAGGAAGUACUUCUUUCCGGAGUGAAUACAGAACUUCAUUCAAUUGCUAAAAAUUACUCAUCACUUAACAAUAAUGAAAAAAAUGAUUUCCAGUUGUUUGAAAAAAAUAUUGUUUUCAUUUAAAAGAUCAAGCAUCGGCCAGAAAAUGGAAAAAAUGUCAUAAUAAGCCAAAAGAAACGGGAACGCGGUAAUGACGUCACCGUGACACCGGCUUCCCAUAAACUUUGCAACGUAUGAUAUUCACUGUUAUAGGUAUGGUGACACUAAAUGUAGACUUUUUAAGUGAAUAGGUUCUCCUGAGUUCUUGUGACUAGUGAAUAGUUUCUUUGUGACAAAUAAAUGAUGCAUAAUAUUUUCAGAUAAAUCCGAUUUCUUUGAGCUCGCUUUGAAGCUUUGCCUUAUUUCAUAUUAGGACACAUCAUUGGGGUUUUCCUUCGAAUUGGCAAGGGCUAUUUUCAUAGUAUUUAAUUUCCUCACGAGAGAAAAAGACCAUAUGGCCGGCGCCAUGAAAAACGAGCACACUGGUAUUUAUGACAUAAUGUCAAAAUCCGAGAAAGAGCUCUGUCCCUUUUAUACAGUAAAUAGUCCCUUUUAUAACGGUAAACAGCCUGUUAUUUCAUGAAAAUACAAUAUUUUAAUUUAUUAUUUUGAUAUGCCGUCAGGUUAUAAGUAGCUUAUAUAAUGUAUUCUUUUUAAUUUUUUCCCGCAAAGAACAUCGGCUUCAAUCUUGAUCGUCAUUAUAUGCUCUUUGGCCAAUUCUGCUGUUUUUAUGUUUCUGAUAAAUUAUUCUUAUAUAUAUUAAUUUUAUUUUAUUUAUUUAUUUUUCUGUUUGGUUUAACGCCAAACCGACUCAAUUAUAGAUCAUAUGGCGACUUUCCAGCUUUGAUAGUAGAGGGUGACCCCAGGUGCCACUCCUUGCAUUAUUUCAUCACGAGCCGGCACCUGGAUAGAACCACCGAUCUUCCGUAAGCAAGCUGGAUGGCUCUCUCGCAUGAAGAAUUCAACGUCCCGAGUGAGGCUCGUGCUAACAUCGGUGAUGGGCAAGUGAUUUGAAGUCAGUGAGUGAGGCUUAAAGACGCGCCACAGAAUAAAUGUAUUCACUUGUAUUUCCACGAUGGCAAUUAUACAAGAUUUGCAUAAGAAAAAAGGAGAAAUACAAUAAUCUAGUUACAAAUUGACAACGUGUUUAAUGUCAAAGAGUUUAUUACAUUUGUGCAGCAGAAUGCAAAGUUGUUGACGUAUUAGGUUGAACUUAGACCACACUUUGUUUCUACACUUAUUCAUGUUUAUAAAACUAUACUGAAAAGAAACUGACUGAAUAGGUUUGCACAUGAGGUUGUGAAAACACUUAUUCAGGAAAGGCCUGAAUUAUCCACCUUUCAGUAUAGCUCACAAGCUGCAUUAUAGCAGUACUAUCAGAAUGGUCUUUACGGGACAAAGUAGGUCACUAGGUUGUGGUGGGUAUUUAAAGACCCACCACAACCUAGUGACCUACUUUGUCCUUACCCACGAACGUCGUGCAUAUUGGUAUAAUACAGCUAUUCUACAAGAUGACAGGUGGGCAAUUUAGGCCCUGCCUGAAUAAAUGUGUUUUCGCAACUUCAUCUGCAAAUUUAUUCAUUUAUUUUCUUUUCAGUAUAGUUUUAAAAAAAAGAAUAAUAACUAUCUUACACUGUAGAAACAAUGUAUGUUCUAAACUCACCCUAAUCUUUCAAGAAAUGUUCAUGAAAACAACAACAUUAAUUUAAUAAUAAAUUUAGAUAUUAAACACAUUGUCUUGGCCUUAUAUAUGUCACUGUCAAUUUGUAACGAGAUAGUGUUAUUUCUCCUUUUUUCAUGCAAACCAUGUAUAAUUACCAUGGAAAUACAAAAGAAUGCAGUUAUUUUGUGGCAGAUCUUUAACCACCGGGCCACAAAGACCCCUCUUGUAAAUAUUUAACUCCUCCUCCGUAUACACAAACCUGGUCUUUAGUAUACGGAGUAUUAAUGAAUCGCGAUAAUUUCAUUUUAACGGUACUCGGUAAAAUCCAAAAACAGGUAAAGCAGGUAUGUUAUCCGAUAAGUGGUGUUAAUUUGUAUAUUGUAGUAUUCUUAAAUCUAAAUACGAUCCUUUAUUCCAAAACAGAUUUGUAGUCUAGUGGAUAGUGUGUCGGACAUCUAUUCUUUUUAUGUUUGUAUGGUGUAGGUUCGAGCCCUUCUUUUUUUAAAAUGAUUUGUUCUUAUUCUAUUUUGCAGGUUUUUGUUUAUAUCGUCUUUUGUAUUUUUUCUUUCAUUCUUUUUAUUUAUGUAUUUGUUUAAUUAUUAUUGCAAUGUAUAUAGAUUCAAUGUCUAUUCUAAUAAGAGAUCCUCUGAAAAAUGUCAAUAAGUACUCAGUAUAAGUGCACAAGAAAAUCAUGAUAUAAAUAGCUUUACAUGAAUUCCUUCUCCAGGUAAAAACAUGCUGGAAAAAUAAAAAAAAAAGUAGCUCGUCCUGUAUUCGAACCGGCACCGUAAGCUUACAAAUCAUACGUGUUAACCACUAGACCACGCCGCAACUUGCAUUGGUUUUGCGAUAUAAGAUAUUUGUCAUAUAAUGUGUCCACCUGAUUCCCUAUUUCAUUGUUAUGGGUUAAUCCGGUAUUAGUAAAUAAAGGCCACAGUUAUCGCGUUUUGUUAAUACAUCUAGAAAUGCAACACUUGGUCUAGUCAAUAUUUUUUAACCGAAGGUGCCUUGCAUUGGUAAAUGCAAAUGGUGUUUUUACACGUAAUUAAAUGUGUGCUGGUUCAAACGAGAAUUUGGACCCUUGAUAUAAUUCAGAUAUACAUAUACAAGGAAAUCAUGAAGGAAAGUAGGGGGGGGAAACGAGGAUAAAAACGUUGCGUUUCUAGAUGUAUUGAGCAUAGUUUAAAUAAAUCUGACUGCAGUCAAACUUUUUACACGGAAGAUUGAUGUACAUUCAUAAAUGAUAUAAAAAGGUCUGUCUGAUGAAUGUUAUACUUGUCACCAACUUGACCAUGGCCGAAAAUGGACAAAAAUAUACCGUUUGAAUGAUUUAUACAUGGCUAUUUUCAGCUUUUACGGUGAAACUAUCAUCUAUGACAUAUUUCACAUCCGCAAAGGAUGUUUAUGUAGAAAUAAGAUAUACAAUUUGGUAAAAAUAGAUUGUUGAUAUAUUGUUUAGCUCGACCUUUACAUAUGGGUAGUCAGACUGACUGACAAAAUACGGUAAAGAAUCGAGCUGCGGUGACCUAAUGGAUAAGGCACCUGCCCCGCAAUCGGGAGGUCGAAGGUUCGAGUCCUGUCAGAGGCGGGUCUUGUUACUGAAGAGAGACCGGUUGGUAAGCCGCCAGCUAGUUAAAUAAUGGUUACCGAUUGCCUACCUGUCUGGUGUCUGGCAAUAAAAAUUAGGAACCGGGAAGUAAUGCUGUUCAAUGUAUGUAGGUGUCUCAUAAGCCAACUUGGCUGGCCCUUUCAGUAGGGGUGACACUAUAAUAAACAAACACUUUACUUUACUUUUACUUUUAUUAGCAAAUAAAUGGAUACAGCUCA